AUGUCUGCUUCCAUCGCUUGGCGCGCUGGUCUCCGCGCCCGCGUGCCUCCUUCACGACCAUCCUCGCUGUUCCCGAGACGCUAUCCCGGCGCGGCACGAUAUGCCUCAGAAUCGGCACCUGUGCAACAAGCGGCCGCGGAGACCGUGAAGCAGUCGGCCAAGGAAGUUCCUAAGAAAGCGGCUCGCGGCUCGCGCAAAAUUCUGUACGGUACCACCCUGGCGGUCACACUCCUUGUUGGCUAUGUCUACGGCACAGACACACGGGCGAGCAUCCAUCGUUACCUCGUUGUCCCCCUCAUCCGUCAGCUCUUCCCGGACGCAGAAGACGCCCAUCACGUCGGUGUGGAUAGCCUGAAAUUUCUUUAUCAGUAUGGCCUUCACCCUCGCGAGCGAGGUAAUCCGGACAACGACGGUGCUUUGACAACCGAGGUCUUUGGAUAUACGCUUGCCAACCCCAUUGGCAUCUCCGCCGGUCUUGACAAGCAUGCUGAUAUCCCCGAUGCGCUGCUCGAUCUCGGCCCAGCCAUUGUCGAAGUUGGCGGCACCACUCCCUUGCCGCAGGACGGCAACCCCAAGCCUCGCGUUUUCCGCGUGCCCUCUCAGAAUGCGAUGAUCAACCGUUAUGGCCUCAAUUCCAAGGGUGCAGACCACAUGGCCGCCGUGCUCAAGCAGCGGGUUCGUGACUUUGCCUACGCUGCCGGUUUGGGUGAGCACGAGCUCGCGGAGCAGCGCGUGCUCGACGGUGAAGCCAACGUGCCUCCCGGUAGUCUUGUCCCGGGUAAACUGCUGGCCGUGCAAGUCGCCAAGAACAAGCUCACGCCCGAUGGUGACAUCGACGCUAUCACGCGCGACUAUGUCUACUGUGUGGAUCGGGUCGCCCGCUACGCCGACAUUGUUGUUGUGAAUGUCUCCAGUCCCAACACUCCCGGUCUGCGGGACCUGCAGGCGGCGGGACCUCUCACCAAGAUUCUGACUGGGGUCGUGAGUGCUGCGAAGAACGUCGAGCGCAAGACGAAGCCCUACGUGAUGGUCAAGGUCAGCCCAGACGAGGAUUCCGAGGAGCAGAUGUCGGGCAUUUGUGAAGCCGUGUGGAAAUCUGGCGUGGACGGCGUCAUUGUUGGAAACACGACCAACCGCCGGCCCGCUGCUCUCCCAGAGGGAUAUACCCUGUCUUCGAAAGAGCAACAGACCAUGAAGGAGACCGGUGGCUAUUCUGGUCCUCAGCUGUUUGGCCGUCUGGUCUCGCUCGUUGGCCGUUACCGCCAUAUGUUGGAUCAAGGUCCCCCCUCUGGCGAAGUGACCUCCACGGGGCCUGAUGGGGAGGAGGUGGCUGUGCACCCGGCAAGCCAGCCUCGCAAGGUGCUCUUUGCCUCUGGUGGUAUUACCACCGGACAGCAGGCGCGCCAGGUAUUGGACGCGGGUGCUUCCGUGGCUAUGAUGUAUACCGGCAUCGUCUACGGAGGCGUGGGAACCGUGACGCGCGUGAAGCAGGAGCUGCGCGAGGAAAUGCAAAAGAAAUAG